CUUUUCAGUUUGUUGCUGGUUGUUCGCCUAAAUAAUCUUGCUAUGGGACCUGUGGUUAAUACUCUACAAGGCGCUAUCGAAGGCAGCCAAGGCCUCGAUUUGGAUGGAAAUGAAUUUUAUAAGUUUUUAGGCAUUCCUUAUGCCAAACCACCAGUGGGUGAACUAAGAUUUAAGGAACCACAACCUGCACUAUCUUGGAUCGGUGUAAGAGAUGGUACAAAAGAUGGUAGUGCUUGUUAUCACACAAACGAAAUGACUAAGGUUACAGAAGGUACAGAAGAUUGUCUUUUCUUAAAUGUAUUUACAAGAGAGUUACCAACAGAUCAUUUCAAUUUGAAGCCUGUUAUGGUAUUUAUUCAUGGAGGUGCCUUUACAGCAGGAUCAAAUUCGUCAAAACUUUACGGAGCAGACUAUCUUUUAUCAGAGGAUGUCGUUUUGGUUACCAUCAAUUACAGACUUGGACUUUUAGGAUUUCUACGUCUAAAAGACCCCAGCUUCAACGUGCCUGGCAAUCUGGCCUUCAAAGACCAAGUGGAAGCCUUGCGCUGGGUCAAAAACAACAUCCAGCAAUUCAAUGGCGAUCCAGAAAACGUGACAAUUUUUGGGGAGAGUGCUGGAGCAGCUUCGGUACAUUACCACGUACUUUCGCCUCUAUCCAGAGGUUUGUUCCAUAAAGCAAUUCUACAAAGCGGGUCAGCUUUGAGUCCGUGGUCAGACGAAACCGAUCACAGUGCAGUUCAAAUUGCGAAAAUUCACGAUUCUAGUGUUUCUACUGAGAAAGAGGCUCUGGCAGUACUCAAAAGCCUCACUGUUGAGGAAUUAUUUAAGAUACAAACUGCUUAUUUGUCGAGGUUUGACUGGAAUUCCAUGCGUCCAAUUGGCAUAGUAAUCGAGCCAGCUUCAAGAAGGACAGCUUUUUUGACUAAAAAGCCUAUUGCCAUUAUUUUGUCUGGCGAUUAUAAUAAAGUACCAAUGAUGUUUGGUUAUAAUAAUAAAGAAGGGGUCUUAUUUAAUUUUCUUAGAAAAAUGAAAGGGGAUGAGAGAAAAGUGGUACCAGAACGUUUUAUACCUUACAACAUCAAUUUGAAAAAAAACGAAGAAAUUAGGAGAGAUUUUCUGGAAAAGUUGCACAACGUUUACCUUUCUGGACCAAACACUGAUGAUAAUAUUGUCUCGCUAAUGUCAGACUACACCUUCCUAACAGGAAUCAUUGCUAGCGUCAAAAAUCAUUCCCAAACCUCAGCCUAUCCAGUUUAUCUUUACAAAAUGUCUCUAGAUACACAGUUGAAUUUAAUCAAAAGACUAAUGAAAGUUGACUACAAUGGUUGCAGUCACGCAGACGACUUGGGUUAUUUAUUCAAAGACGCUUUCCAAGUGCCAAUAGUCGCUGGAAGCGUCGAAGACGUGAGCAUGAGACGCGUGAUCCGUUUGUGGACCAACUUUGCCAGAUUCGGAAAUCCCACGCCAAACGACAACGAGUUCGGAUUGGUCUGGAAGCCGGCGAUGGCGCGUCAAUUGAACACGCUUCACAUCGCCGAUGAAUUGCGUCUGGAAGUGAAUCCAGAAAAACAGAGGCUGGAUUUGUGGAGGUCGAUUUAUCAUCAGUCGCCUGCAACUGCUAAAUAUUUGUAAAUAAUUGUUCAUUAUUAAAUGGAUUUUCCUUAAACUAAAAUUAUUUUUUGUUUGGAAAGUGAU